CUCAUAGGCGCUCAAAGGCGGCGGGAGAUUUAAAGCCACUCAGUCAUUCUUGAUUCGUCAGGCUCCCAUUUCCCGAAGCCCGAAGCUCGAAUUUCUGUGUCUAAUAAGAGCGGUGCAUCUGAUACAUGCUCGUUGUUUGGCUGAACAGGACGGUCCGUUCCUGAUUCUUGUGUGCCUCGAAGUUGGGUCCCAAAUUCAUGCUCUACGAAGAUUUUGCCUUCACUAGUAGAAACUACAACUGCCUAGAGUUUGAAGCUCUUGCAGGCGCGAUUGUGUGUUGUUGAUGAGAUUGUGUUUACGAAGAAGUUUAGUUGAAUCACUCUUCUCGUCGCCAAUGCCUCCGCGACGACGAAAACCGUCCGCAAGGAUCCGCAACCAGCGUCCUGCUCUCGCACCAACAAAAAAGUCCUUUGUCGACUCGCUUAAGCUUGGGACAACUCUCCCGCAUCAGAGAAUCAGCAACUUCGCUGAGCUCCAGAGUGAGAUGUUGGCCAGACUCCAGGCUCUGAAAAAGGACAUGGACCACGAACAUACUUUCAUGGUGAAGGCAACACAGGCACACACCGCUAAGCUGAAGAAACGAGUUAAGCAAGAAACUCAGGAAUCAUCAGACAUGUGUAGGAUAAUUGACACAGACUGGAAGAACUUCUUGGAAGAUUUUGAAGAGGACGCAAGAGAAAACCAGGAGUCCAUGGAGACACUACUCCGCAAAGCUCAAAAUUCAGCUGCUUACUUUUCAGAGACCUGCAUACCCGAGCUUGAAAAGACUGUGGAGAAUAAGUUGAACGAGAUCAAAAAUCGAUACAACCGUUCAACGAAAGGUACACGAAGACUAUCAGCAAGGGAGAAGGGGAAGACAAUUAGAAUCUCCAAGUAGGUGUGCCAA